AUGCAUCCUUCACGCUGUACUACCUUGCUGCUGUUGCACCUGGAACACGCUCUUACCGCUAGAUUCUGUAUUUCUACGUAUGCACAGGUGACGGAUGCGGUCGGUAUCGUGGAUCUGGUUGACUCGCCGACCGCCCAAUCGGCUAUCAAAGAGCUGCAUGGCAUGCUGGACUCGGCACAGUCAACGGCCUUGGAUACCGGUGCGGCCGCGGAGGGCAGCUCUCCUGCCGCUGUGCCCGACAUCGGUAGUGAUGUGGCGGUGCCUACAGACGGUGCCGGGAGUGCUUCGCAUCCGGAUGGUGACAGUUCUGAUGAAAAAUCCGUGGAAGCAGAGCUUGAGAGUGUUGCAAGUGGUGAGUCAACAGCUCAAGUAGUGCCGGAGUCCAGUGAAUCAUCAAUCCCAGCCGCUGUGGAGGCACCUGUAGAUGGUGAUGACGCGAGUGUUUCACAUGCGGAUGUUGACGGUGCCGAUGAGCAAUCGCCAGAUGCAGCGCACGAGAAUGUUGCCAGCGAUGAGUCAGCGCGUCAAGAAGUAGCUCAGGAUUCCAGUGAAUCAUCAGCCCCUGCCGCUGUGGAGGCACCUGCAGACGGUGAUGGCGCUAGUGUUUCGUGUGCGGAUGUUGACGGUUCUGAUGAACAAUUGCCAGAUGCAGUGCAUGAGAAUGUUGCCAGCGGUGAUGAGUCAGCACGUCAAAAAGUAGCACAGGAGUCCAGUGAUUCAUCAGUCCCUGCCGCUGUGGCUAACGACGGUGGUGCUGUGGAGGCACCUGUGGAUGGUGGCGCGAGUGUUCUACGUCCAGAUGUUGACGUGUCUGCCAAGCAAUCCCCGGAUGCCUUGCCUGAGAGCGCUACCAGCGAUGUGUCAGCAACUCAAGAAGUUGUGCAGGAGUGCAGUGACCCAGUGGUCCCUGCCGUUGUGGCCGAGGAACCGGGCGCGAUCAUCGACGGCGAUCAGAGCGUGAGUAUCGAAGGCAAUCCUGUCCAGGCCUCUGAAGCUGAAAACGUUGCUGAGAGAAAUCUGUCUGCCGAGGAUAUUGUCAUUUCUCCUGCCGCCAGUGCAUCGUGUGACGGAAAUUGUGACGAGCCAGAGUUGAGCAGUGUCGAGUCUCCUGUCAUCACUGGUUCUGGCGCAGGCAGUACCGAAGCAGAACCGGUCAGCACGGUCGUCGAUGCAGCGGUUGAAGGCGAACGUAUGCAAUCACCAGCUGAAGAAGUGGAUGCACCUGAACAUGAGCCCACACCAGAGGUAGUCGAGCAAAGUGAAAUGUCUGCGUGUGCUGACGAACUUCAGUCUGAGGAAGAACCAAGCUCACAUGGUCCGCCAGCGACUUGUGCUGAUGUGGCUGGUGUGGAAGACGCCACUACACCCGACCAUGGUGACACUGCUGCUGUUCCAGAUGUACCGAAGGACUUAUCUACUGCUGUGGCUGCAGAGGAUGUGGCGGACGAGCCGGAUAUCAGUGAGGAAAGGGACAAUGCCGAUGCAGAUGUAUCCAUAGUCGAGGGCGAAGUUUCAGCCUGCGUUGCUCCGGUACCAGAUGUGGACUCGACUGCAGCAGAAAGCACUGUUGCUACGGAUGAGUGUUCCGAGCCAGUCUCACCCACAGACCUAUCUGCUGUGGCUGCAGAGAACAUAUCUGAUGAGCCAGGACCACAGCAGGCAAAUGAUACGGCCGAUACAGAUGCAGAUCUAUCGAUAGCUGAUGCUGAAGUCCCAGCCUGCCUCUCUCCAGUUCCCGGUGUGGAUGAGGUUGCACCAGAAAACUGUGCCGUGACGAGUGACAAUGAAGCGUCCGCAGAGGAUUCUGAACCAGCUACUACUUCUCCCGUCGAGAAUGCAGAUGGCACAGUUGUACCUGUAGCAGACACCGACGCAUCGGCCUGCGUUGCUGCAGCCCCAAUUGUGGAUUCAGCUGCUGCAGAAAGCGCUGCGGCUACACAUGACAGUGAAGCACCAGUAGGCGGUUCUGAACAAGCUGCCGCUUCUCCCAUCGAUAAUGCAGAUAAUGCUGCCGUAUCCGUAGAUGAGACCGAUGUAUCAACCUGCGUUGCUCCAGCCCUAGGUUUGGAUUCGGCUGCAGCUGCAAAUGAUAAUGAAGCACCGGAAGAUGAACAAGUUGCUGCUUCUCCCGUCGAGAAUGCAAAUGACACUGUUGUAUCUAUAGCUGAGGCGGAAGCAUCAGCCUGCGUUGCUCCACCCCCAGAUGUGGACGAGGCUGCAGCAGAAAACCCUGCCGUGACGAAUGACAAUAAAGUGCCAGCAGCGGAUUCUGAACCAGCUGCAGCUACUCUGACUGAGAGUGCAAAUGAUGCUCUUGUAUCCGUAGCUGAGAUUGAAGCUUCGGCUGCAGCAGAAAACUCUGCCGGGACGAAUGACAAAGAAGUGCCAGCAGUGGAUUCUGAACCAGCUACCACCACUCCUGCUGAGAGUGCAAACGACGCUCUCGUAUCCGUAGCCGAGAUUGAAGCAUCGGGCCGUGCUGCUCCAGCCCCAGGUAUGGGCUCAGCUGCUGCAGAAAAUGCUAUGGUGACCAACGACAACGAAGCACCAACAGACGGUUUAGAACACGUUGCCGUUUCUCCUGUCGAGAAUGUAAAUGAUGCUAUCGUACCCGUAGAUGAGACUGAUGCAUCAACCAGCGCUGCUCCAGCCGCAGGUGUGGAUUCGACUGCCGCUACAAAUGACAGUGAAGCAGCAGAAGAUGGUUCUGAACAAGCUGCCGUUUCUCCCAUCGAGAAUGCAGAUAAUGCUGUCGUAUCCGUAGAUGAGAAGGAAGCAUCCACCGGCGUUGCUCCAGCCGCAGGUGUGGAUUUGGCUGCCACUGCAAAUGACAUUGAAGCACCAGAAGGUGGUUCUGAACAAGCUGCCGUUUCUCCCGUCGAGAAUGCAGAUAAUGCUGUCGUAUCCGUAGAUGAGAAGGAAGCAUCCACCGGCGUUGAUCCAGCCGCAGGUGUGGAUUCGGCUGCCGCUGCAAAUGACAUUGAAGCACCAGAAGAUGGUUCUGAACAAGCUGCCGUUUCUCCCGUCGAGAAUGCAGAUGACAAUGUUGUAUCUAUAGGUGAGACUGAAGCAUCAUCCUGCGUUGCUGCAGACGCAUGUGUGGAUUCGUCUGCCGCUGGAAAUGACAGUGAAGCACCAGAAGAUGGUUCUGAACAAGUUGCCGCUUCUCUUGUCGAGACAGCAACUGACACUGUUGUAUCUAUUGCUGACACCGAAGCAUCAUCCUGCGUUGCCCCAGCCGCAGAUGUGAAUGAGGCCGCAGCAAAAUGUUCUGCUGUGACGGAUGACAGUGAAGCGCCAGCAGAGGAUUCUGAACUAGCUGCCACUUCUCCUGAUGAGAAUGCAAAUGAUGCUAUCGUAUCCGUAGCUGAGAUUGAAGCAUCGGGCCGUGUUGCUCCAGUCCUAGGCGUGGGUUUGGCUGCUGCAGACAAUGUUGCAACUGCAAAUGACAAUGAAGCACCAGACGAUGGUUCCGAACAAGCUGUUAUUUCUCCUACUGAUAGUGCAAAGGACAUGGUUAUAUCCGAAGUUGAAACCGACACUUCAGUCUGCGUCACUGCGACUCCAGGUGUGGUGGAUCCGACUGCAGCAGAAGCCUCUGCGGUGACGAACGACAAUGAAGGGCAAGUGGAUGGUUCCGGACAAGGUGCCAAUUCUCUCACCGAGAGUGCAAAUUGCCCGGUCAUAUCCGUAGAUGAUAUCAACACUCCAGCCUGCGUCACUCCAGCCCAAGGUGUGGAUUCGACUUCGACGGAAACCGCUGCAGUUAGUAACGACAUUCAAGCACCAAUUGAUGCUUCCAAGCAUGCUGCAAGUUGCCCGGUCAUAUCUAUAGGCGAGAUCGAUGCGCUAGCCUGCGUCGCUCUGGCACCAGAUGUAGACCAGACAGCAGUUGACAGCAGCGAAGUGAUAAAGGAUGAUGAAACGCCCACGGACAGCUCUGACCAGGCUGCAACCUCCACCGACGAGAGUGCACACACCUCGCCCGAUAUCACUGUCGAAGUAGAGGUCACGGCCGUUGCCGAAGAUGAGCUCGUAGAGGAAUCUGCCGAUUGUGCCGCAAGUUGUGUCGACGAUGAUGUAUCCCAGGAUAGUACGGGCAUGCCCAAAGAAGUGGGUGCUGCACGAGCCCUGUGCGAGGGCAGUCCCCGACUGCCUUCGCUUGAGGAGGGUGAUGAGAAUGAGCUCACGGAUGAAGACGGGGACGACAUCUACGACGAGUCUUCGAAUGAUGAGGAACGUGAUGACUACUUUGAGGCCAGAACUGAAGAUGCCUCGGACAUGUUCAACGAAGUGCGACGGGACCAUCUGCUGGACACGUCGGUGAUGAAAUCACGAGUCACCACUGUACCGAAGCGGACGCGCUCGCAGCGACGACACUCACACAAGACUGUCGACAUCUGGGCCACGCCUCCGCCUGAUCCCACCGGCCCGGAAGACGGUGAGGACGAUGCGUCGGAACCCAGGAGGGCCUUUCCGAUGGGGGGUAUGUCACCCAUUGGUGCGCAGGGCUUCAACCCAUUUGCGAAGAAGGGCGGCAUGAUGUUGCCGUUUGGACUUCCGCAGUUGAAGCACACCGCAUCUCUUCCCGCUCAGGACGAAGAUGACCCAGCGUCAAAAGACACAACCAAGGAUAGCACCAGUGGAAGUAGUCCGAGUCGUACCAGUGGUCACGCCAGCGGCGGCCUGACAACACCCGAACAGCGUGAAUCCCGUCCACCGUCAGGACCGCCCUCCGCGUCGACGUCCCGCACUCCGUCCGUUCUCAGUGCCGACGACAUGCAGGCACGACCGCGCUCCUUUUCGGCCUUGCCAUCGUACUCUCGUAGCAGCGGCGGCAGCGGUAGUCCCGGCAUGGGAUCGCUGUUCGGCAGCGGACCCAUCAAGACGGCGGCUGACCUGAAGAAGACGGGACGAGGCGGUGUAGACUCUCAGGGUAACAUCAGAAGCGACAAGACGUCGGUAGACAGCAAGGGAAGCGGCAAUGCUGGCACGUCAUCACCGGGCGCCAAGUCCCGGAGCAGCCAAUCGCCUACCUCGCCGUCGCAAAACGUCGCCGUCGCCGAGACCUCGUUCUCGGCGGAGCGCUCUACGAGUGCGGGCGACCUCGCAUCACCCUCGCCGGAGGGCCGCAGCCGCCGCAACAGCAUCCUCUCGCCAAACUUUGCCUUCUUCAAGAAGAGCAAGAGCGAGAAGCAGGCCAAGAAGAAGGACGAAGAUGGCAUGGCCGCCGCUUCGGAGGCGCCUGGAGCGCUGGGUGCCGAAGCUAGCCCGCCCACGUCGUUGUCGAAAGCGCCGGAAGGCUCGCUGGUGCGCCUGUCGCGCUCCUUCAAGCGCAAGCGCAAAGACCGGCCGGAGAAAACGGCCAAGUCGCUCACGACGCAGGAGACGAGCGAAGACCCCAUCAGUGCACCGACCACUCCCUCGGUGGACGACAUGUCAGCAGCGAAGAGCCCGGCAAGCACCUCCCGCCUAACCAGCUUCCUCAGCUUCCGCAAAGGCCGCGAGGGGUCGAGAAAUUCAAAUACGUCCGACAACGAGGCCGCAAGUCCAAGCCCCUCGGCGAAGACUGGCAGGUCGCUGAGCAUCAUCCGCAAGCGGCGCAAGUCAAGAGGUGACGGACCGUCUAGUACUGACAUUACGCCCGCUGCAUCACCGUUUGCUUCGCCCCCGUCCAACAGGCCGUGUACGUCGCAGGCCGACCUCUCCGCCCGCAAUCUGUGCGAUCCGUCCAGCGCCGUUGUUCUGCUGGCCUCGCAGGUCAGUGACGAUGCUGAGGAGGACGAUGCCGAGAAAACAGCGAUGACGACGUCUACGGCAGAUACGGGCGCUGCGGACAAAAUGGAUGCCAUUGUUGUCCCAGCAACGGCCGAAGAGGGACCAGCACAGGGAACGGAGGACGAUUCCAUCAUGGAGUCUGCGGGUACUGACGUGACGGCGUCUGACGCAGCCGACGCCACCAAGCGAGACAGUGCAGGCGCCGCGAAGACGGUGCAAGCCGGCGACACGAAGACAGCGCAAGCCAGCGACGACGACGAGAACGACGACGCGUUCGAGAGCAUACCGUCCUCCAAGUCAUCCUGCCACGAUCAGCUGGUGACGAAGCGCAGUGCCAUUUCCUUCAGUACCGACGUAACCGAACCUACAGGAAAUGACCCCUGUACAUCCUCAGCGGCCACUCCAACUAAAAGCUCGUCGACAACGGGUGCCGAAACACCCGCAACGCGUGGCUCAGAGAGUGCUGCCAGUGGUCAGGGGGACUCGCCGGCAAGCAAGCAGCUGCUUGGCAAGGUCAAUAGUAGUGGCGGUAUCAAGCCGCGCAUGAGCUUCGAGAACGUCAGUCGCAAGACGGGCAAGCUUGUGCGCAAGCUGUCCAAACGCAUCCAAAGCAGCAACUCCUCGUCCACGACCUCGUUGCCGCGCGCCGAUUCCACGGGGAGACGCGGGAGCGGCAUGAUAACGGGCGGCAGCUGCAGCGAAAUGUCCUGCAUCAAGGCCCUGUCGGACGUGCAAGAGGAUUCGCCCGGACAGCAGCGCCCCCGCAGCAAGUCCCUGGAAUUGGAGCGGCCAAAGUACACGUUCCGGGUGGUUGCCCGUGCACAGAUGGCCGGUCUGCGGUUCAGCCGAUCCCACCAGCGGCCGAAUGCGCUGCAAUCGAAGCCCUCGGCCAGCAGCGUGAGCUCCAGCACCAGCAAAUCGGCGGCAGGUGAGUUCAUCGCCAAGUCCGUGGACCGCGCCCGCACGGCCCGUCGCAGCUUUAAGAUGAUGGGCAAGAAACGCGCCGCGUCAUCGGCCUCGGAAGACGACCCCGGCCAGAGCAAGUCAUCUGACAUGUAAUCCGUUUGCUUGUACUCUCGGUGUUCCAUGCCCUCUCCUGUCCAAGCCUGCUCGGCUGACGGAACCGCCCCGUAACAACGCAGUCACGCAAGCCAGCCGAUGAGCCAAUAGUCCCGCCAGACAUGUCUUACUUGCAAAACCCGGUGUGCUUGUAUUUUUCCUGCCGCUUACAACGUGAGCUUGUCGGUAGCCGGUACACACGCAAUGGCAGCCAAGACCAGGCAGACUUCAUCUACCCAGGAGAGAUUACGGCAAAUACAGCUUGUCUCUUUCAGUACGUCUGGUAUUCUCAGUGGCUGUCUUCGGGCGAGAGGCUACGGAUGCCGCGUUCCGAUACUACGCGUGCACAAGCGCUCGCUUUUCUCCUCUUCCCACCCGUUAGGCAGAACUGCUUAUGUGAGUUUGAUAGAGUUUUGAGUGAAACUAAAAGAACACACCUGUCUCCGUCUUGUAGCGCCGAGUCCGCACAUUCCUUAUGAGCUGUAGUUAGAUUUGUUUCUCUCUCUCACCCUCAUACGUCUUUUUCACGAAUAAUGUUUGCCUUUGGGAAGCCAGCGCAAGGGCAGUGCUUGCCCCGAUGCGGGCAUCGAAACAAUUACCCUCGAGACCUGCCUUUUCCCUAUUUAUAUGCUUUCUACGCCCCCCCCCCCCUCCCCCGCACCGCUCCGGAUUCUUACUUAGUUCUAGAUAUUAUUGCUAUUUUUUCUCUCGUUGCUGCUAUUUUUGCGUAGUCGGUACCACAGGAAAUUGCCAGUUUAUUUAUUUUUGAGUAGCUGAACAUUGACAACAAACAAAAGAUAGAAAGAUUUACUCUGCUCAUAACAAUAUUAUUAUUGCCCUGUCGUUUUGACAAGUGGCGAAUCAA